AUGGCAGAAUUAAGAAAUUUGCUCAUCUCGCAAGUUGAAACAAUCGACUCGAUAAAGCGAGUUCUCGUUAACUUCAAGAAAUUAGCGAAAGCUAAUGUUACAUUAGCAAAGACGCAGAGGCGUCUUGCAACGCUGGAAACGCUUUGGACUUCCUGUCGAGGGCUACACGUCAAGCUGCUGCAAGCCACAACUUCGGAGGAGCAGAAGACUGUCUCGUAUUUCCUGAAUGGAAACUUCCUGAGCGCCGAGGAGAUCUACCACGACACGGCCGACCUCCUUCGCGAUACGAUAAAACACAGUACUGAUUCUUCAAUUCGCGAGGGCAUUCAUAAUCACAAUUUUCAGUUGCCACGGAUCUCACUUCCGAAGUUUUCGGGCAAGUUCUCCGAAUGGGAGAGUUUUAAAAAUACUUUCGAGUCUCUUGUCGCGAGUAAUGAUUCUCUCUCGAACACGCAGAAAUUUCAUUACCUCAAAACGAGCGUCAUCAGUGACGCUGCCUCGAUUAUUAGUAAUUUAAAGAUUUCCGACGCUAAUUAUGAGUCCGUCUGGCAGUUGUUGAUUGACGAGUAUGAUGAUCAACUUACGUUGAUCUAUACUCACAUUCACGCCUUCAUGUGCCUACCGACAAUGAAGGCGGAAAACGUCGCGGAAAUGCGAAAGUUGAGAGAUACCGUGUCCGCAUCUCUAGCGGCUCUCACUAAUCUAAAGCGGCCGGUACGCGAGUGGGAUGACAUUCUCGUCUACGUCAUCUCUCAAAAAUUUAGUUCGAAAACAAGGAGCGAAUGGAAUUUAAAAAUUUCGUCAAGUCGCGAGCUUCCUUCGUACAAGGAUAUUCAUGAAUUCCUCACGCUUCGAAUACGAGGUCUGUCGGACUUCUCCGACAAUCCUAAAGUAAUCGUCAAUUCUAAGAGUGACAAAACGCAGUCCUCCGUUCAUAAUCUUUCCGCGAUUAAGUGCAUUUGCUGUUCCGGCAGUCAUUCGCGGCAUGCCAUCGCGCGACAGAAUCGGGUCUGCUUCAAUUGUUUGCGAGCGGGACAUUUCACGCCGAAAUGCUCGAGCAAAAUUCGAUGCGCUCAUUGUCAACGCUCUCAUAACACAUUGUUACACAAUGAGAGUGAUCAAAAUAAGGACACAGCGGAAAAUUCCCGUUUAUCGAAUUCGAGCGUUAAUGCGUCUACUACCACGAGUAAGACUGUCGUAGUCGGCGACGCCGCCGUCGCCAGCGUGCAAACUCUCAAACCUUAG